AUGAGGAAACAGAGCGCGCGCACCGCCGCGCUGGUCCUGUGCAUCCUCUCCUACCUCCUGGUGGGCGCCGCCGUCUUCGACGCGCUCGAGUCCGAGGCGGAGAGCGGCCGCAAGCGGCUGCUGGCCCAGAAGCGGAGCGAGUUGCGGAGGAAGUACGGCUUCUCGGCCGAGGACUACCGCGAGCUGGAGCGCCUGGCGCUGCAAGCCGAGCCGCACCGCGCCGGCAGCCAGUGGAAGUUCGCCGGCUCCUUCUACUUCGCCAUCACCGUCAUCACCACCAUCGGGUACGGCCACGCCGCGCCGGGCACGGACUCGGGCAAGGUCUUCUGCAUGUUCUACGCGCUCCUGGGCAUCCCCCUGACCCUGGUCACCUUCCAGAGCCUAGGCGAGCGGCUGAACGCGCUGGUGCGGCGCCUCCUGCUGGCGGCCAAGCGCUGCCUGGGCCUGCGGCGGCCUCGCGUGUCCCCCGAGAACAUGGCGGUGGCCGGGCUGCUGGUGUGCGCGGCCACCCUGGCGCUCGGGGCCGCCGCCUUCGCGCACUUCGAGGGCUGGACCUUCUUCCACGCCUACUAUUACUGCUUCAUCACCCUCACCACCAUCGGCUUCGGCGACUUUGUGGCGCUGCAGAACGACGAGGCGCUGCAGAGGAAGCCGCCCUACGUGGCCUUCAGCUUCCUGUACAUCCUGCUGGGGCUCACGGUCAUCGGCGCCUUCCUCAACCUCGUGGUCCUGCGCUUCCUGGCGGCCGGCGCGGACGCGCCUGAGCGCGCUGCCCGCCCGCUCCGCCGGGGGGCGCCCGAGAGCCGAGCCCCCGCGCAGCGCGCCGGCCGCAUCUCCAUCUCCUGCCGCCUGCACCCUCUGGAGCUGGGCGCCCGCGACAAUCCCGGCUUCUCGCCCCCCGCCAGCCCCGGGGCUGGGGGCGGCGGCAGAGCCGGCAGGCCCCCGGCCCGGCGGAAGUCCAUCUGA